CUCAAGGGCUUCUUUCUCACACUCCCCCUCAAAACAAAAGCCUAUCUCUCUCUCUCUCUCUCUCUCUCUCUCUCUCAAAUCUCCAGUUCACCAAUCUCGAUCGGUCGAUCAAUUCAAUUUCACAAUCGCAAUGACACAUUUCUCUUCACUCGUCUCCAAUCAAAUCCGGUUCUUGUUGCAGAGCCUCAACGAUUCCAAUUCCGACUCAGUUUUUUGAAUAUGGAUGCGAGGGUAGUAUAUUGCUGCUUCAAACCUGCUUGGAUCAUAUAAAUUUUCGUGAGGGAGACGUGCACAACGUGCAGCUUAAGCCAGAUUUAGUAGCUGCAAUCUUUAGAUAUUUACUGCAAUGGCCAAAUUUUAGUAGACCAUGGUGAUAAGUGAACAACUUCUCACGGAUUUUUGUGAUGAAUUACACUUGUGGGUGUUUGAAAAAAUUGGAAUUGGCCUUGCUUUGGCUGACUCCGAGAAUGUUGAGAUCAGGACAAGUGGCCAAAACUUCUGCAUGGGCCAGAUUGAGGAGUUGUGGAGAAAUUCUGCUGUUAUAGAUUCUUCCGAGCAAAUUCAAAAUAUUAUUAUGUUUUUGAUUCGCUCAGAAGGCCUUUCUAAGCAUGUUGACUCAUUUAUGCAACUACUGUCUUUGAUGGAGCCAAAGGAGAGGACUCCACUAAUAUUAGCCCUAUUGCUUUCUGAUGAUUUCUAUGAUGCCAGGAAUACGGAGAUAUUCUAUGGUUGCAGAGAAAAUGAGUUUGAUGCCAUUUUAGCGGAGAUGGUGAGUGAAACCAGCAUGGCUGAUAUUAUGUCUGAACUGGGCAAUGGAUGCACUGUUGACGCUUCGCAUUGCAAUGAGGUGUUAUCUCUCUUCUUGCCUCUCACUGAAGCCACAGUUUCUAGAAUACUUGGCACAAUUACUCGCACCCAUACUGGUCUUGAGGACAACCAGAAUUGUUGUUUAACACUCUACUCUGCCAUUGGUAGCAGUGCCACAUGUGAGGCAUCAUGCCUGAGCUCUUGGAAUGUUCAUGUCCUUGUGGAUUUGAUUAAGCAACUUGCUCCUAACAUCAACUGGAUAAAUGUUGUGGAGAAUCUGGACCAUGAGAGUUUUUACAUUCCCAGUGAGCAAGCAUGUUUUCUUUUCAUGUCCAUUUAUCUUCGUGCAUGUCAGGAUCCCUUUCCGCUGCAUGCCAUAUGCAGGUCUGUCUGGAAGAAUGUUGAUGGUCAAUUAUCUUUUCUCAGAUAUGCUGUAUCAGCAUCACCAGAAAUAUUUACAUUUUCUUAUUCUGCUAGGAAACUGAAUUUGUUUUUCUGUGGGCAUGUGCUAAUGGAUGGAAAGUUAAUGAGGUUCCACAUGGACUUGCAAACCAUGCAUGGUUAUCUCUUGACCUUCUGGAGGUGCUGUGUCAGCUAGCUGAAAGGGGCCAGGCUAAAUAUGUUCGACAGAUUCUGGAGUUACCUCUUAAACAAUGCCCUGAGCUUUUGUUGCUUGGGAUUGCCCAGAUUAAUACUCCCUAUAAUCUGCUCCAAUGGGAAGUGUUUUCCACUGUUUUUCCCAUCAUAGUUGGUGAUGCUGCUGGAAGUGGUAUCAUGCUUCAGCUUUGGCAAUCUAAUACCAAGCUUGUGUUGCGAGGAUUCAUUGAUACGAUGAAAACAGAUCAAGGCAACAUU